AUGGCAGCGACGGUGCCCGUCAGCGAGGUCAAGAGCAACACGCGUGAGAGCAGGACAGCCGCGCAUUCGCACAUCAAGGGCCUGGGGCUGAAGGGUCCGGAUGGCCGUGCCGACACGUCGGGAGGUGGCUUCGUGGGCCAGGCCGCGGCUCGAGAGGCAUGCGGGCUGGUCGUAGACCUCGUCAAGGCGAAGAAGAUGUCUGGACGCGCCGUGCUGCUUGCGGGAGGGCCUGGCACGGGAAAGACGGCGCUUGCGCUUGCGGUGAGCCAGGAGUUGGGAACCAAGGUGCCGUUUUGCCCGAUUGUGGGAAGUGAGAUUUACAGCGCCGAGGUGAAGAAGACGGAGGCAUUGAUGGAGAAUUUCAGGCGGGCGAUAGGCCUCCGCGUCAAGGAAACGAAGGAAGUCUACGAGGGCGAGGUCACGGAGCUCACACCAGAGGAAGCCGAGAACCCCCUCGGCGGCUACGGCCGCACCAUAUCGCACCUCCUCAUCACGCUCAAGUCCGCGCGCGGCACCAAGAAGCUCCGCCUCGACCCCUCAAUAUACGAAGCGAUACAAAAGGAGCGCGUACGCCUCGGCGACGUCAUCUAUAUCGAAGCCAACACGGGUGCGGUCAAGCGCGUAGGACGGUCGGACGCAUACGCCACGGAGUUCGACCUCGAGGCGGAAGAGUACGUCCCCAUACCCAAGGGUGAUGUCCACAAGAAGAAGGAGAUCGUGCAGGAUGUCACGCUGCAUGACCUGGAUGUUGCGAACGCGAGACCCCAGGGCGGCCAGGACAUCAUGAGCAUGAUGGGCCAGCUGAUGAAGCCUAAGAAGACGGAGAUCACGGAGAAGUUGCGGCUGGAAAUCAACAAGGUGGUGAGCAAGUACAUUGACCAGGGCGUCGCGGACCUGGUUCCGGGUGUGCUUUUCAUUGACGAGGUCCACAUGCUCGACCUCGAAGCCUUCACCUUCCUCAACCGCGCCCUCGAAUCACCCCUGUCCCCCCUCGUCAUCCUCGCGUCAAACCGCGGCCUCACACACAUCCGCGGCGCCCCCAACCUGCCCCCCUCGGCCCACGGCAUCCCCUCCGACCUCCUCGCCCGCCUCCUCAUCAUCCCCACACACCCCUACACCCCCGCCGAAAUCAAAUCCAUCGUCAGCACGCGAUCACGGACGGAAGGCCUCCAGCUGGCUCCCGCUGCUUUGGACAAGAUUAGUUCGCUGGGUGAGAAGGUAAGUCUGAGGUACGGCCUGCAGUUGCUUGCGCCGGCGAGCAUUUUGGCGAAGGUGGCGGGACGGCAGGGCGGCGUUAUUGAGGUGGGCGAUGUGGAGGAGUGCGAAGGGUUGUUUUUGGAUGCGGGGAGGAGCGCGAAGAAUUUGGCGAGCACGGAGGGGUUUAUUGCGUAG